AAUGCCGUGGAAGUUUGGCUGGCCCCGUGUAACUGUCAGGAGAGAAGGGAGCCCCUCUUCCCCCCCCCACCCCCACAUGGGGAGGCAUAGGUCUUCGCCUGCCUGGGUCACCAGGUUAAGACCCCAGCAGGUUGCUUGACUCCUUGUUAAGGAGGAAGAGUGCUCCUUCCUGCCCUCUUCUGACAAAAUAGAAUAGCAAUCGUUAAGGGUUCUUUUAGAAAAUAUUCUUUAUUAUUAUUAACAAAGAUAAUGAAGAUUAGUAAUUUAAUAAUUUCUCUUUAAAAUAAAUCAUUUGGUACAAUUUCUUUGGAGUUAUAAGAGCUAAUAGUAGAUUGAGGUGAAGAUGAUCCCCUUGCUUUGUCCUGACAGUCUGUUUUGUUACAGUCUGUUUGCUACAGUCUGCUGCCGUCUGUGUUCUCCCGGGUCUCCUGUUCUUACUGGGUUGUUCGUUUUCAGCAUAAGCCCAGCUUAAGGGUUCAGGAGACUACAAAUGAAUUUUGAGGCUAGAUGAGAGCCCAUCGCCGCGCUGGAAGAUGACUUAUAGUGCCGGUCAAGGGUCGGAGGGCUUUCCUGAGACAAGGGACUAUGGAAAGGAUGUCUAAAGGAGUUUGCUGAGAUGUUUAGUAAAUACGAAUGACUAGUCACUCGUGGCAGAGCUCUUUAGGGGCAGGCAGAGCUAGAAAACACAGAGCCCGAGCCGUCAGGGAGCUCACAGUCUAGUAGAAGAGAAGACUCUAAUCCCACAAUCACAGUCUCACACAGGACGUGGUAAGAGACAGUGGCCCCAUGUGGACGGUGUGCUUGGAAUGACCAUGGGAGGUACUGCUCCAGUAAGGGUCAUGCCUCCCCCCGCCCCAACCGUGAAAGAAGACAAGGUUGCCUGGGCAGCCAAGGGUUGAGGGGGAGAGUUUCAGGGCCUCUGAUUCAGUGUUACUGCUUCUUCCUCCUGUCUUCAUGGCCUUCUAACCGUUCUUCCUGCCUUCAUCAUCACAGAACUGUCAGCGGACUCUGCCUGAAACACUGCUUAGCAGACGUCCUUGACCUACCUCUGACUGCCUACAAAAACAAUCCUGACCUGGUGACUGGAUGUUCAGGGGCCCAUACGCUCAUCAAUCCAUCCUUGUCCCAGACACACUUUGCAGAGUUCCUUCCGCAGGAAACGUCUUUCCUUCAUCUCUAAUUAUUGACUUGGGACCGCAUUCGUCACGUUUUAGUUUCAGGGUAACCUCAGUAAAGCCUUCUCUGUUCCAGUGCUCUUUUCCCAUGGGCCAUUUUCUACCUGUCCCGCGUUCUCACACGACUUCCUACAGCUGAGUUACUCGGGGCGGUUUUCAUAUUCUGUUCUCCCUGGCACUGGGUCUCCGGCAGCCUUGUAUUGCUUACAGCAUCUGGCAUGGUGUCUUGUACACAGGAGGCACUCAAAAGAUACUUCCUGAACGAAUCAGGAGUAGACACUCAGUUCUGUGCUGCGGUGAAGUGUGAGGUUAGAUGCAUCCAGGAACUCUGGUGAGGCCUUUGCGGAACCGGUGGCCCUUAGCUGGACCUCACUGGUGACUGUUCGGAUCUAGGCAAGUGUAGGGGGACACAGGGCCUCCUGGACAGAGGAGUGGCCUGAGCAAAGAUGGAGAGGUAGAAAUGAGCACCUGUGGUGAGGGACUAUUUAAUUAUGCAUUUUUCUCCUGUAUACAUUUACUCUGCAAGGAAAGAGAGUGACAGCUCUUUUUUUGAGUUUUCAGGGAAGCAGUUGUUAUCGGUGUGGAGAUGAAGAGAUAACUUCUGGAAGAGGGGCAGGUUUGAGGCUUGCUCGUAGCAGAAAUAGAAUUCCCUGGGGCUGGAGGCUGUGCAUCCCCAGCUCCUCUAGCAACCUGCAGCCUUGGACAAAAGAUGCAAGCAUGUUAUAUAUAACGGGAGCCCAGCAUUGACCUGCUGGAGGCCUUCGUGGAGCACUGGAAGGGCAUCACGCACUACUACAUUGAAAGUACAGAUGAAAACACCCCCGCCAAGAAAACGGAUAUUCCCUGGCGGCUGAAGCAGAUGCUGGACAUCCUGGUGUAUGAGGAGAGGCAGCAGACGGCAGCUGGUGAGGCCGGGCCCUGUCUGGAAUACUUGCUGCAACACAAAAUCCUGGAGACGCUGUGCACACUGGGCAAGGCCGAGUACCCCCCAGGGAUGCGACAGCAGGUAUUCCAGUUCUUCAGCAAGGUUCUGGCCCAGGUGCAGCACCCCCUCCUGCAUUACCUCAACGUCCACAGGCCUGUGCAGAAGCUUCUCCGACUUGGUGGGACAGUUCCUGGAUCCCAAACAGAAAAGGAGGAGGUACAGUUCACCACCGUCCUCUGCUCCAAGAUCCAACAGGACCCAGCCCUGCUCACCUACAUCCUGGAAGGUAAAAAGAUUGUCAGUAGGAAGAAGUCAUCCAAAGAACCCACCACCCUGCCUAGAGAGGCAGCCAGCAUCCAAGAAAGGUCGGGUGGCUCUGAAGGCCCAGGAGAACCUGCUGCUCCUGGUAAGUGUGGCUUCGCCUGCAGCCGCCACCUACCUGGUACAGAGCAGUCCUUGUUGCCCUGCUGUGGUCGAGCACCUCUGCCACCUGUACCAGUCCGUGCCCCCCUUCCUGGACCCGGCCGACAUUGCUGCGCUAGAGGGCGUCAGCUGGAGGUUGCCCAGUGCCCCAUCUGAUGAGGCUUCCUUCCCUGGCAAGGACGCCUUGGCUGCCUUUUUGGGCUGGUUUGAUUACUGUGACCACCUCAUCACAGAGGCACACAUGGUGGUUGCAGACGCCUUGGCAAAGGCUGUGGCUGAGAAGUUAUUCAUGGAGAUUGUGCAGCCCCACCUCCUGCAUGUUUCUGAGCAGAGCGUCCUGACCUCCACCGCCUUGCUCACGGCCAUGCUGCGUCAGCUCCGCUCUCCUGCCCUGCUGCGAGAGGCUGUGGCUUUCCUCCUGGGCACAGACCCACAGGCUGCAGCCCCCGACGAUGGCCCCCGCACUCUGUGCGCUCACCUCAUCGGGCACUGCGACCACCUCUCUGACGAGAUCAGCAUCACCACCCUGCGGCUAUUCGAGGAGCUGCUCCAGAAGCCGCACGAGCAGGUCAUCCGCAGCCUGGUCCUGUGCAACCUGGAGGGCCGCCAUUAUGUGGCCCGGGGCUCACCCGAGCCCGAGAGCUAUGAGGACACCCUAGAUCUGGAGGAAGACCCUUACUUCACAGACGGCUUCCUCAACUCCAGCUUUCACCCCUCAGCAAAGCCUCCCCCAGCCCCUGCCACCAACUCAGAUGGCAAAACAGCAGUGACCGAGAUUGUCAACAGUUUCCUCUGCCUGGUUCCUGAGGAAGCCAAGACCUCGGCUUUCCUAGAGGAGACCGGAUAUGACACGUACGUCCACGAUGCUUAUGGACUGUUCCAGGAGUGCAGCUCCCGAGUUGCCCCUUGGGGCUGGCCCCUGGGCCCCACACCCCUGGACCCCCAUGAGCCCGAACGGCCUUUCUUUGAGGGUCACUUCCUCCGAAUGCUGUUUGACCGCAUGUCCCGGAUUUUGGAACAGCCGUACAGCCUGAACCUGCAGGUGACCUCAGUGCUGUCCCGGCUGGCCCUCUUCCCCCACCCCCUUAUCCACGAGUACCUCCUGGAUCCCUACAUCAACCUGGCCCCUGGCUGCAGGAGUCUGUUCUCUGUGCUCGUCAGGGUGAUCGGGGACUUGAUGCAGAGAAUUCAGAGGGUACCCCAGUUCCCGGGCAAAUUGCUCCUGGUGCGCAAGCAGCUGAUGGGUCAGGUCCCUGGGGAGCAGCUGGACCACCAGACUCUCCUCCAGGGCGUGGUGGUUCUUGAGGAAUUCUGCAAGGAGCUGGCUGCCAUCGCUUUCGUCAAGUUCCCCCCACACGGUCCUCACCUGCACCGCUCCUCUCCCCGAGAAGGGCACGUCUGAGCCAGGAACAGGACAGGAGGGGAGACUUCUGUCCAUACCUCUGCCCAAGAGCUGCCUCACACCUGGCACUGCCGCCACCUCCUGCCUCCCAGGUUGGGGGCUUGGUUCCAUCUCUACCUCCCAGGCACCUCUGCCUCUAAGGAGGCCUGGGCUUCCACUCCCAGGUUAACUCAAGAUCGUGGCCUGUCAGUCACACGAGACUGGGUUCAGGGAGUGGGUCUCCAAGGUACCAGAAGCCAAGGAGCAAAAGAGAUGGCCUCCCAGACAGCAUGGUGUCCUCGGGGCCUUCUCGGGGGAGCUGGGUAAUUGCCAGGUGAGCACCCAGACCCAGACCCUCACAUGUCCUGUGCCCAUUACCCGAGUCGACAGGCCAUUCGUGGCCGGGGCCAAGACCUGUGGCUCAGUUCCAGGGGCACAGAGGGGAGUGAGUGAUGGUUCUGAGGCUGGUCAGGACCGCAGGCCAGAGACACAGGGGCGCAGGAGCCCCGUCUCUGUCACGCUAGGUACCACAGACACUGCUAAGACUUGACAUUUUCUCUCCUGCCUUCUUGGCUUAAUCCGUGGCAAAGGGGCAGUGGAUGGCCGGGGAAGCCCACUCUUCUGCCCAGCCCUCCUGGAGACUGUUGCAAAAUUCCCAACCGCCUCAUGGCAAAUAUCCAAAGCAUGCUCCGCGCCCAGGCGGGGGCAGCUGCUAAUGAGAGCCUUGGUGUAACUGCAGCCAGGGCGGGAGAGGCCUUGGGAAGUUGGGGGCUGGGUGCCAGGCUCCGGCUCCAGCUGCUUUCUCUCUGGCGCCUCUGAACCCGUCCCGGCAGGUCCUCAACACCUGGGCAGAGGGGCUCAGAGACUGGGGGGAGGCCGAGCCUGGCCCUCCUCAGCUUUCCACCCAGCCUGCAGUGCUCUUGAUGGCAUACUCUUCCGGGGGCGCCAGGGAGCUCAGGACAGACGAGGCCAGGAUGCCCACCUGACCCCAAGCCCCCAGGGCCCGGCAGGGAGGCGCUGGGGCCCAGGCAGCCGGUUGUAGUGUUGUUCUCCCUGCAUGCCCUUCACGGCUGGGGCUGCCACCCCACCCGGCCUGAAUCUGUCUCAACCUGCAGGAACACACAGGUGGCGCCAGGCAUUACCUCACAGCAGGACUGCAGUUCCUGGCUUCGCUCCUGGGCAAGGAGGAGCAGGCCAGAGCCCCUUUCGCUUCCUUUUCCUGCCUAUGCCGCUUCUAGAAGCCGGCCGCAGGUUGCCAGGAGGUGACAUGGGAGAGGAGAAACUCAGUGACCUCUCCCUCUCCUGCGUUCCUCCAAGCUGGGGAGGAUGUAACCGCUGCUCUGAAGGACACCGUGCAUGUGCAUGCAUGCGUGUGUGCACACGUGGGUGUUGGCGCGGGACCGGAGAGCAGAGCUCACAGGGCAAAUUGAACUCUUCGAGUCAGAAAAACGUUUGAGCGUCUGGGAGUCACAGAGACUCCCCUCCUCCAUCCCCUUCAGCAUUCACACUGCGUCCCCCCGAGACAACACAGCAAUAAAUGGUUUGGUUGCGUGGACACAGCG